AGGAGUAGACUGGUUACAGUCUCAUCAUGGGCUGCAGUACUUCCAACACGGUUGAUGAAGUGCAGCCAUCAAACAAGGAGUUGCAGAGCGGCCAGGAAGCCAAGACCCAGACAUAUUCUGUUGCUUGUGUCCCUUGGGAUCCCCCAUUCUCCCAGCCUUCUCACACCACAUCCGUCAGGCUCCUUCACUGAUGUCCAUAAACUAGUUCAAAUGGAGAAAACCCUAAGGAUGAUUGUGGUUAUGGUUAGGCAGGAGCGGAAAAGGCAAGAGUCGUCAGAAAUUCUUGAGGAGCUUAAAACACAGGGAAUCAUUAAGGGCCAAAGCACACCUUUUGGAAAUGAAGAUGCACCUGAUAACAUGAGAGAAGCCCUACUAAGAAAACCACCAGCCAGGCUGGAAAAGCUUGAUAUCAAAAUAAAAGAAGUGAAUGAUCUGACCCUGGAGGACAUUCAGAAUUCUGCUGAAGAGAAAGAAAAGACUGCAGAACAACUGAACCAAAGAUUACAGAGUGAGAGAUUUUCUCCAGCAGCUGCUCACCAAAACAUAGCUCAGCUAAAUGAAUCCUGUUAUUUAACCGCAAAAGGUGGAAAAGGGACCAACAGUAGUGAGCCUUUAUCAUUAGAUCCAGAGGACGAAGAAUCUGCAGUAGAAAUUGUAAAUGGCAAUUUUGAAGACUUUGCUGUUGUGGAGUCAGAUACAACUUAUAACUGUUCAAUUGAAGCAUUCUAA